CUUUCUCCUCUUUUCCCUCUCCUCUUUCUUCUUUCUUAUCUUCAACCACCAACUUUCUCCCCUCCCACAUCCUAGUGUGGGUUGAUCAAUCCAUUUCCACGCUAUCUGAUCUUCCCCCCACAAUGGGUGGAGACGCGGUCCGACAAGUGCCCAGCUCCCUUCCCCGGAGUCCCGCCGGGCCCGUAGGUCAGCGGAUCAAGGGCAUCUACACCGACCGUCUCCGACAGUUUACUGCAGGUGGUCAAUACCAGUCCCAGAAUCUUGUCUCAAAACUCCACGACGCAACCGCCUCAGAUGAAGACCAUGUCAAGCUCUCCGUCUACUCGGUUCCGGACCUGCAGCGUCCUUCAUUCAAGGAAGCCACGUCCCACGAGUUUAAACCGACUCGUAUCGGCGCCUCAUUCGGCCCCAGUUGGUCCACCCACUGGUUCCGCAUCCGGCUGACCGUCCCGGAGCACAUGCGUCAGAAGGAACGGCUGGAGUUCCAUUGGGACGCUAACAACGAGGGCCUCGUGUGGACCGAAGACGGCCAUCCGCUGCAGGGUCUGACGGGUGGCGGCGAACGAGUUGAGUGGAUCAUCCCCGACGCCUGGCGCGACGGCAAGGAGCAUGUCUUCUACAUCGAAAUGGCGUGCAACAGCAUGUUUGGCAAUGCGCCGGGCGGGGACUCCAUCCAGCCGCCAAACCCGGAUAAGUACUUCACGCUGCAUACGGCGCGCAUCACGGCAGUGAACCUCGAGGCGCGGGCGCUGUUCUAUGACUUUUGGAUCAUCGGGGAUGCGGCCCGAGAGUUCCCUGGAGAUUCCUGGGAGUCGCACGAAGCUAAUGUGGUCGCCAAUUCCAUCAUGGACGCGUUCAUUGCAGGUGGUGGGAGCCAGGAGUCGAUCAAGGAGGGUCGCAAAAUUGCCCAGAAGUAUCUAGGUAACCGUGUUGACUCUUCGGACGUCUACAAGACCCAGAAUGAGUCGAUCAUCUACGGCAUCGGUCACUGUCACAUUGAUACGUGCUGGUUGUGGCCCUGGGCCGAAACGAAGCGCAAAGUGGCCCGGUCGUGGUCCAACCAGUGCGACCUCAUGGAUCGGUAUCCGGAGCAUCGCUUCACGUGCUCCCAGGCACAGCAGUUCAAGUGGCUCAAGCAGUAUUAUCCGAGCGUCUUUGAUCGGGUGAAGGGAUGGAUCAAGAAGGGCCACUUCCAGCCGAUCGGCGGUAGCUGGGUCGAGCACGACACCAACAUGCCUAGCGGGGAGUCGCUGGUGAGGCAGUUCCUAUACGGCCAGCGGUUCUUCGAGAGCCACUUCGGUGAGCGCUGCACGACGUUCUGGCUGCCAGAUACUUUUGGCUAUUCCACGCAGAUCCCCCAGAUCUCGCGCCUGGCGGGUAUGACCCGAUUCUUCACGCAGAAGCUGAGCUGGAACAACAUCAACAAUUUUCCCCAUACCACGUUUCAGUGGGUCGCGCUCGACGGUAGCCAGGUGGUGUGCCAUAUGGCACCGUCGGAGACAUAUACGGCCGAGGCCAACUUUGGCGACGUCCGACGCAGCGUGACGCAGCACAAGUCGAUGGACAACGAUCGCACCUCGCUCCUGGUCUUCGGGAAGGGCGACGGCGGUGGGGGACCGACAUUCGAACAUCUGGAGAAGCUGCGUCGCUGCCGGGGUGUGAGUGAUAAGACGGGCUUGCUACCACGCGUGACGAUGGGCAACUCUGUAGAUGACUUUUUCGCGCAGCUCGAGAAGAAAAUCGCCAAUGGCAAGCAGCUGGCCACCUGGUAUGGGGAGCUGUACUUUGAACUGCACCGCGGGACCUACACCACGCAGGCCAACAACAAGCGGAACAACCGCAAAGCGGAAUUCCUGCUGCGUGAGGUCGAGUACUUGGCCACUCUGGCGUCCAUCACUCAUCAGAAGUACAAGUAUCCCAAGAAGGAGAUCGAUGACAUGUGGGAGGGGGUGCUACUCUGCCAGUUCCAUGACUGUCUUCCGGGGAGCUCUAUCGAGAUGUGCUACGAUGACUCGGACGAGCUGUACGCACAGAUCUUCGAGACCGGCCACAAGGCUCGCGAGGAAGCCCUCAAGGCACUCGGGUUCACCGAGCAAGGGUCCGGAAAGGAUCUCGUGGCCAUCAACACCCUCCCGUGGUCUCGGUCUGAAGUGGUCCAAAUUCCCGAGGCCCUCGCGACCAAUACGGGUCCGAAGUAUACUCUGGUCAGCGGGGAGACCGGUGUCAUGCGCUGUGGGCCGGCGGUCUCCACCACCAAACCCCCUGUCACGGUCUCGGAGAUCAAGCCCGGGGUGUUCCGUCUGCAGAAUGCGUCGCUCAGGGUCGACGUCCACAACGGCGUCAUCACGUCACUGUUCGAUCUCCAGGCCGAGCGCGAGGUGAUCGCCGACGGCGGCCGGGCAGGCCAGCUGGUCAUCUUCGACGACAAGCCGCUCUACUGGCAGGCAUGGGAUGUCGAGGUCUACCAUCUCGAGUCACGCAAAGAGCUCAACUCUGGGCCGACCUCCAUCUCGGACAAAGACGAGCACCGAGUCAGCGUUGUCACCGAAACCAAGAUUAGCGACCAGAGCUGGGUCAAGACGACGAUCAGUCUGGCGGCGGCGGUGCCCAACCAGCCGUCGUAUGUGGAGUUCUCGAGCGAAGUCGAGUGGAAGGAGAACAUGAAGUUCCUCAAGGUCGAGUUUCCCGUGGACAUCACCAACACGGAGGCAUCGUACGAAACGCAGUACGGGAUUAUUCGACGUCCCACGCACUACAACACGAGCUGGGACAUGGCCAAGUUCGAAGUAUGCUGCCACAAGUGGGCCGACCUCUCCGAGAACGGCUACGGCGUGUCCGUCCUCAACGACUCCAAGUACGGCUUCGCGACCUGCGGCAAUCUCAUGCGUCUAUCGCUGCUGCGCGCGCCCAAAGCCCCGGACGCACACGCCGACAUGGGCCGCCACCACAUCCGCUACGCGAUCCUGCCGCACGAAGGCGCUCUGGACUCGCGUACCAUCCGCGCCGGCUACAACUUCAACCACCCGCUCGUGCUGCGGGCCAGCAGCCCCAGCCGUGGACCCCCCACCCAACCCUUCCAGGCUGUAUCGGUGAAAGGCGCGCCCUCGCUCAUCCUUGACGCCAUCAAGCGCGGCGAAGACGACGAAGACAUCUCACGCGACACCCUGCCCAAGCGGCCCGGGAAGAGCAUCAUCCUGCGCGUAUACGAGUCGCUGGGUGGGAAGAGCCGCGGCCGCAUCUGCAGUCACUUCCCGGUCCGGGAAGCGUGGAAGUGUAAUGUUCUCGAGGAUAAUGAGACGCAGCUGACGCUGCGGCGGGAGGCGGAUGGUGAGUUUUGUGCGGAUGUUGAACUGAGGGCUUAUGAGGUUGCGACAUAUCGGUUGCAGUUGUAGUUUUACCAUGAGCCUGACCUAUCAAAGCCUGGGGAAGAACUACUGAAACCUACGGAGGCCUAUCCGAGGAAGGCUCACUGAAGGUCUGACAGGAGGAAGCGAAGGUAACCCGAGUAUGAAUAUUGUUUAUGAAGUAAGG